UCAUACGUCCUAUUAACAAAGAAGAGCUGAGGAAAGUUAUGACAGUCAGAGAGAAGACAGCACAAUCAAAAUAAUGCUUAAAAAAUGAAGUCAUAUCUUCAAGGAGCUCUCCUUAUAUGGUAUGUCCAUGUUAGUGUGUCUGCCUCAGUCUUGAGGUUCAGAGUGCAGAUCACAAGCCCAGAUCUGAGAACUGAAGUAGAGCUGCAGGAGACAAAGCCUUCAUUCUUUCUUUGUCCCGAGACCACUGUCAGUACAGAAAGCAUGGAGAGAAAACUUAUGUCUUUGCCUCUACCCACUUCCAUAUCAGAAAUGGAACCCAAUGACACCUUCAGCAAUAACAACAGCCACAAGGACUGCCUGAUUGGAAAAUUCAAGAGGGAUUUUUAUCCUGUUGUGUACCUGAUAAUAUUUGUCCUGGGAGCCUUGGGAAAUAGCUUUUCCAUAUAUGUCUUUCUGCAGCCUUAUAAGAAGUCCACAUCUGUGAAUAUUUUCAUGCUGAACCUGGCCAUUUCUGAUCUCUUGUUCAUAACCACACUGCCCUUCAGGGUUGUCUAUUACCUCAGAGGCUCCGAUUGGAUAUUUGGGGACCUGACCUGCAGGAUUAUGUCUUACUCCCUGUAUGUCAACAUGUACAGCAGCAUUUAUUUCCUGACUGUGCUGAGUGUUAUGCGCUACCUGGCAACUGUUCACCCCUUCCGGCUCCUCCAUGUCACUAGCAUCAGAAGUGCCUGGGUUCUAUGUGGGAUCAUCUGGACCCUCAUCAUGGCUUCUUCAACAGUACUUCUGAAGAAUGGCUCCGAGCAGAAGGGUAAUGUCACAUCAUGCUUAGAGCUGAGUUUCAGUAAAAUUGUUAAACUGCGGAUCAUGAACUACAUCGCCUUAGCGGUGGGCUUCCUGCUGCCAUUCUGCACGCUCAGCAUCUGUUACCUGCUGAUUAUUCGAGCCCUGUUAAAGGUGGAGGUCCCAAAAUCGGGGCUGCGGGUUUCUCACAGGAAGGCGCUUGUCACCAUCGUCAUCGCCUUGGUCAUCUUCCUCGUGUGUUUCCUGCCCUAUCAUGUACUGAGAACCUUCCACUUGGCUGUGUGGAAAGUGGGUACGUGCACAGAUAGGCUGCAAAAAGCUGUGAUCAUCACACUGGCCUUGGCAGCUGCUAAUAGCUGCCUCAACCCUUUGCUUUAUUAUUUUGCUGGGGAGAAUUUUAAGGACAGAAUAAGGUUUGCAUUCAGAAAAGGGCAUGCACAGAGAACAAAGUGCAGCGUUCUUGUUGCCUGUGGUUGAAAAAGGAAAUAAGAAUGUAAGAGCUUAUUAAGUGAGGUUUGUUCUUAUAUUUCUCUAUCCACUUUUAUUAAAACGUAGUUUCCAAGUGA